GUAAAAUAAUGACUUCCAAGAUCCGUUGUCAGUGAAAAACACAAAAACAACCGGACUGCUCAGCAUCUUCCGGCAAGUGAUUUCUCUCCAAAAAUUACUUGAUAAAUGCGGGAAUUUAUCAGCAGGCUGAAGACGAGAAAAGCCAGAGCAAGAUGCGUAAAAUGUGGAUAAAGAAAGACAGUAUAUAUAGGAAACCAUUCUACAAAACCCAAAAGCUCAGAAUAGCAUUUUGUAUUGUGAUUUUGGUGUCUUUCCUGUACAUCUGCUACCAGAUAUUCUACAUGAGUCAGCUGGAGAGUGAUAGUAGUGAUAGAAGAGUUAAAAGUCCUAGUCAGGAGAUGCAAGGAGCAAAGGGUUGGCAGCCCAGCCGGGAUGUCGAGAGGACGGUUAUCCGAGGUAUCAGAUCUGUGGAUUCUCACUUUUACCUGCCCAGUGAACGAGGAACAUUCAGGUGCAUCUCAAGUGGUCAGGAAAUAUCCUUUGGGAAAGUCAAUGACGACUACUGUGACUGUGUUUCGGACGGAAGCGAUGAGCCGUCAACUAAUGCCUGCUCCAGGGGCAUCUUCUAUUGCGAAACUCCACAGGUGCAUGUUUCCGGGAAGACCUACAACCGCGUGAUCCCUAGCAGUCGCAUCAACGAUGGUGUCUGUGAUUGCUGCGACGGAUCGGACGAAUGGCUACCCACGAGACGGAGGCAACCAUGUCCCACUACCUGUUCCUAAUCCACUAUUCCUCUUCAUCACUCGUCCAUUGCUCACUCUUCUCAUAUAGUUAGAAUGUUACAGAGGAUAAGUACAAAAGUAAUAAAUUUGGCACUUUAUGAACACCAAAA